AUGAGUGCCAUCUCCUCGUGGUAUACCCAACAAUAUUCCGGCACGUUCCGGAACACCCGGCUUCGCGCCCCCUCCCUCGUACCCCGUAACGGUGCCGGUCCUGUCGCACAACAGACCCUCGUCGUCGAUGCCGCGCGGGCCAACCGUGCGAAUGGCAAUAACGCGGAUACGGAGGAUGGCAAGAAUGCGCGCCGGCGCGAGACGAUCUUUGGGCCGGAUGUAGGGGAGGACGAUGAGCCGGGGUGGACGCAGGCGGAGGAUGGGGCCAAGAUCGGGGUGGAUGUCAUCAAGGGGUGGGUCGAGCGAGCGAAGAGUGAAGAGGGUCUGCACGCGACCACUACUCUUCAAGCACUCGUCAACCUCAAACGACCCACUUUGCAGCUCCAACAGUUGGAAGUUCCCGCCCAGGUCGAAGCUGUUCCAGAGGACGGAAUUGCUCCUGCCGAGAACCGCCGCCCGUCCAUGCUCCCCUCGGCACCCCUUCACGUCCUCAAAUUCAACUAUGACGCCACCACACCGCUCGUGAACGUUACGCUGCUCGUCUAUCCCUCGCCGCAGCCUGCCGUCGAGGGCAAAGAGUCGAUCCAGGAGGAAGACGAAGUCAAGGUCAUCUACUCGGGAACGCACGAGGGCGGGUUCAACCGGGUCUUCAACCUCCCUUCGUCCUCCGCUAUCGAUCUGAGCUCCGCUAUGGCCGCUAUGCCCUCGGCGGAGGAUACGAACCGGUCUUCCCUUGAGCGAUCUAUGGGGGGCAUGCAACUCUCUACGCAGCCGGAUCUGGCGACUGUGCCGGAGCUGGAGGGCGGGGAGGAGGGGACUCGAGGUGGACGGUUGGGCAGGAUGUUUGGAUUGAGGGGAAGGAGGGAGCCGGAUCUGGAGGCGGGGGGCAAUAUUGAGAUGGUGGAUCGGACGGCCGAGACGGGGGAGAAACCAGCAGAGGAGGAGGAGAAGGAAUUGGAGAAGGGGAUGAGGCUGUUGAUCAAGAUUGAGGGUGUUGGGGCUGAGGGCGAGGCGCUAAAGAGGCGGAAUGCGCAGUUGACGCAUAUACUUAUCAAUGGGAUGUGGGUGCCGGAGGCGGGAUCUACCGCUGGACCUGCGCAAGCGGGGAAGCGAGUCUGGGUCGUCAAGGUUGUCCGCCGUGAAGCAAUCAUCGGCGCUCACACCUUCCUCCUCAAGGAAAUCUACGGUCUCUCUUCGGCGUCCAACCAAAACUCUGGCUCAAACUAUCCGCCCCAGGAUGACCCGUACGCUUCCACGCCAAACGAGUGCAUUGUGUGCCUCACGAGCCCGAGGGAUGUCGUUCUGCUCCCGUGUCGCCACUUGGUGGUCUGCCGGGACUGCGCGGUGGGGAUGGUGGAGUUUGGAGCUGGCGGAAAGGUCGCUCGGCGAGACGAGGGCGCGGGCGAGGAUGCCGGAGGCGGAGCUACAGGCGGUACCGGCGCUGGAGCUGGAGCUGGCGCUGGGGCCGCUACUACCGGCGGGACCACGACUGCCACCGCCGUCGCUGGCGGAACCACCACCGGCGGACGCGAGCGCCGCAAGAAAAAGGCGAAGGGAUGGUACUGCCCCGUCUGCCGUCAGCCGUACACUUCCCUCCUCCGGCUGGCCCUACCCGAGAAUGCCAAGCCGCACCGUACGCCCGCUGCGUCCCGAAUGGCCUCGCGCGCUCCGUCCAUCCGGAGCACGAGGACCACGCAUACCCUGCACCGCUCGGCGAGUCGCGCGACGCUCCCGGAGGGGGCCGAGAGGAUGUUGGAGGGGUUGCGGCCCGCGGGUGCUAGGGAUGAGAGCGACGAGGAGGAGGAGGAGGAUGACGUGGUGCAUGGGCAUGAGCACGGGGUACAGGACGGAAGACCCCAAUUUGUCCUUGCGCCCGAAGUGCCCGAUGCGGGGCAUGGACAUGCGCACGCGCAUGCGGAAGAAGGCAAGAAGGUCGAGGUGGAGCACCAGGAGGUGGCUGCUGCUGCUUCCGAUGCUCAGGCGGCGGGUCGGGUGAGCGAGGAGGGGAAGAGGGGAUGGAAGCAGGUGUGA